GUCUACUUGGUCGCUGCCUCCGGUGCCGAGCGAAGAAUAAAGCCGGACCUGGUGCAGGAAAAAUUGGUUCGUUACCGCGCAGUGCAAGGAAAUUCUAAUUUGUGGCAAAUCGAAUUUUUCCUGAAAUUCGGAUUGAAGUCAAUUAGUUUAACUUUGAUUCGCUCAUGUGUUGAUCUGAUCUCACCACUGAAGCUGGGAAAACAGAACCCUACCGGGAGGACCAGGGCGGCGCCGGCGCCGGGAUCUGUCCGGAAAGUGACAUUUUGGAAUGCAGUCCUAUCAGCAGGGAUGAGUGCGCCCGGAGAAGGUCAGGAUCCCGGGAUGAUGCCCACUCAACACACCUGCUGCUUGCAGACCCCACAGGUAACAACCUUUGAAGACGUAGCAGUGUAUUUCUCGCGGGAGGAGUGGCAAUGUCUGCGUUUCACGGAGAGAGAAAUGUACAAGGACGUGAUGAUGGAAAACUUCUAUUGUCUACUGUCUAUAGGUUACAUCACUGUGAAACCUGACAUUGUAUCCAUGAUAGAGAAGGGGGAGGAGCCGUGGAUCACAGAACGAUGGCCGCCCAAGCUAUCACGGAGGGGUCCAGAUGGAGAUCUGAUAUUGCUGUCAACUCGGUAUGGAAUGUCUGCAGCCUCGAAGCCUCAUGGAGCAGUAAGCCAAAGUCCUGAUGAUACUAGCAAGCUACUGCCCCCUGCUGACCCUGUGGAAACCAAGAAACAGGAGCAAUCACGACCUUGUUCUGAACGCAGAAACCAGAUGCCUAAGAGGCUCUCGGUUAAAAAACACCAGAAGUCCCUCACCGUCGUGAAGCCGUAUUUCUGCCACCAAUGUAGAAAGAGUUUUAGCACAAAACCGCAUCUUGUUAGGCAUCAAGUCACUCACUCAGACAGAAAACCACUGACCUGUCCAGAAUGCGGAAAAUGUUUUAUGCAAUACUCAACUUUUUUUUUACACAGCAGGAUCCACAAGGGAGAGACGCAGUUUUCAUGUUUGGAAUGUGGAAAGCUUUUCAUGCAGAAGUCUGAUCUUGUCAAACAUGAGAGAACACACAUGGGACAGGGACAGAAGCCCUUUGUUUGCACCAUAUGUGACAAAAGCUUCAGCAUAAGUUCAGGUCUUGUAAAACACUUGAGGAUCCAUACAGGGGAGAAGCCCUAUACCUGCUCUGUGUGUGGUAAGUGUUUUAGGCAGAAGACACAUCUGGACAAACAUAAAAUAACCCAUUCUGAGGAGAAGUUCUUCUUUUGUUGGGAGUGUGGGAUACGUUCUUCAUCUGCUACAGAUCAUGCAAAACAUAAAUUAAUACACUCUAGUGUUAAGCCAUUUUCAUGCUCUGAAUGCCAAAGGCGAUUUAGGUGGAAGUCAUCGCUUUUGGAACACAUGAGGAUUCACACGGGUGAGAAACCAUUUUCCUGCUCACAGUGCACAAAAACAUUUCGUUGGAAGUCUUCCCUAGUGGAACAUCAGAGAGUUCACUCAAUAGACAAGCUUUUUUCUUGCACAGAAUGUGCAAAAUCUUUCUAUAAACGAUCUAACCUAGAGCAGCAUCAAAGGACACACACAGGAGAGAGGCCAUAUGCAUGCUCAGGGUGUGACAAAAGGUUUAGCCGGAAAAGACAUCUGUUACGGCACCAGGUGGUUCACAGCGAAGAGACUCCAUUUUCUUGUUCGGAGUGCGGAAAAUGCUUUAAUCGGGAGAAGGCACUGACCCAGCACCAGAAAAUCCACAAUAAAAAGAUCUGCCCUUCCAAAGAUUGUGGGAAAGUCUUUACCUACCAGUCUGAACUCUUGAAGCAUCUAAGAUCUCACUCUGGGGAGAAACCAUAUACCUGCUCAGUUUGCGGGAAAUGCUUUAGCAGCAUGUCGAACCUUGGGAAUCAUCAGCAUAUUCACACAGGGGUAAAAUCACAUGCCUGCACAGAAUGUGACAAACGGUUUGCUCAGAAAUCUGCCCUCAUCAAACACUUUAGAACCCACACAGGAGAAAAACCAUACGAGUGUCUUGUUUGUAAUAAACGCUUUAGCCAAAAAUGCCAAGUUGCCAAGCAUGAGAAAGUCCACACCAAAGUGCAGCAAUUUUCUUGCCAAGACUGUAAUAAAAAUUUCUUGACCAAGUCAGAUCUUACUAGACAUCUCAUGGUCCACACAGGAAAGAAACUGUUCUCCUGUUUGGACUGCGACAAAAGCUUUUGUAGAAAGUCCAACCUUAAACAGCAUGUGAAAACUCACUCAGGGGAGAAGCCAUUUUCAUGCGUUCAUUGUGAGAAGUCCUUUAUAACCAAAACACAUCUGGCCCGCCACCUGGCCAUGCAUGAGGAGGAAAAGCCUUUUAUCUGUGCUCAUUGUGGCCAAGCUUUUGCUCAAUACUCUACCUUUGUGCAGCAUGAGAAGAUUCACAAAGACGUCAGUCCAUUUUCUUGUUCCGAUUGUGGAAAAGUCUUCUCUCAGAAGUCGGGUCUUGAGAAACAUGUUAGAACCCACACUGGUGAGAAACCAUACUCCUGUUUAGAGUGUGGAAAAUGUUUCAGCGUCAACUCAGCCCUCAUAAACCAUAGAAAAGUACAUACUGGGGAGAAACCGUUUUCGUGUACUAUGUGUCUGAAAAGUUUUAGCCAGAAGUCCCAUCUAGAUAGGCACAAAAAGGUCCACAGUGAGAAGAAACCAUAUAUUUGCUCAGUAUGUGGCCAAGGCUUCACAGACAGUUCCAGGCUGAUUAAACAUAAGGCUGUCCACCAAGGGAACAAACCAUUCUCUUGUACUGAAUGCAAAAAGAGCUUCAACUGGAAGUCGUCUCUUGUAGAACAUACCAGACUUCACACAGGCGAAAAGCCGUAUGUGUGUCCUGUGUGUGGGCUAACCUAUUCGAGGAGGUCUGCUCUUAAGAAACACCAGAGAACUCACACAACGGGUGAAGCAGAUGACUGUAGAUUCUCAAAUAUCGAACAAAAUAAUUCACUGCAUGGAGGAGAAGAUAGUGGAAUUUCAGGAAAUCAAAAACAUUUUAAUGACAUUACUGUAAAAUUAGAAAUCAAAGAGAAUGAGGAUAUGGGUUUCUAGUAAUGGAACUGGCAUUAAAUAUAGACCUCUUUG